AUGGUUGAUUCCUACGAUUACUUGCUAAAGUUCCUCAUAAUUGGCAACGCGUCCACUGGAAAAACAUGUAUAUUGCGUCGAUUUGUAGAGGAUAGUUUCAAAGAAGAUACGUUGCAUACUAUAGGUGUUGAAUUCGGUACAAAGAUUAUUCAAGUCGGUGGAGAGUCUCUAAAGCUCCAAAUCUGGGAUACUGCUGGCCAAGAGCGAUUCCAGUGUGUGACACGAUCGUAUUAUCGUGGAGCUGCUGGCGCCUUGGUUGUCUACGACAUCUCUUGCCGUGAGUCGUUUAACCGCGUGGCCGAUUGGAUCUCAAGUGUUCGUGAACUUGCCAAGCCUGAACUAGCGAUCAUUCUUGUUGGAAAUAAGUCAGAUCUCGCAGCUGAACACCGAGAGGUGAAUGAAGAAGAAGCUCGACAGUUUGCCAAGGAAAACGGCGUUCACGAUUUCAUGGAAACUUCGGCCAAGUUAGGCGACAACAUCCAAGAGGCUUUCUAUGCAGCUGCCCGAACAGCUCUGGAUCGCGCUAAAGCUACUCAAUCCACUGACAUGUUUCUCCCAGCAGCAAGUCCUGGUGCGAAUUAUCUUCAUCGCGCUUCAUCUAGACAGAGUGCUGGCAGUUGUGCAGGAAGCUGCUAA